AAAUUCUCCAAUCCCCUCAAAACAAAAACAAGAACAAGAGACGACCAGAUCCGAAAUGGAUUCCUCCGCCAGCCCGCCGGGCGCUGGUUUUCUUUUCCAAAUUGGCAUUGUAAUGAAUGAAUAUUAAUAAACUAUAGUUAUUACAUAUAUUUUUUUGUUUACGGCAUCCAAUAUUCCAUUCAAAUCCGGCCCAGUGCUAUAUUAUAUCCUGGAUCCGCCGCUGUGCAUGGAUCCUAGUUUGUCAAAGGAAAUACAUUGCUGACUUACUGGAAGAGGCUCAGAUGGAUGAGUGUGAUCCGUGUGGCACUCCCAUGGAACCGAACUUGAAGCUCACACAGCCUGCUGGAGAUGUAUUGGCUAAUGGCACUACCUAUCAGAGUAUAUUUGAGAGUCUUAUUUAUCUUACUCACACUCGUCCGGAUAUUGCCUAUGCUGUGCAGGUGGCCAGUUAGUAUAUGUCGGCUCCUCGUACUCGACAUUGGACUGUUGUUCAGAGGAUUCUUCGGUACCUCAAAGGUACCCUGAACGUGGGCUUAUUCUUUCCGACGACUGGGGAGGUGACUCUCACUGCGUAUGCUGAUGCAAAUUAUGCAGGCUGUUUGGACACUCGUCGCUCCACGUCUGGCUGGUGUGUGCAGUUUGGUAAUUCUUUUGUUUCAUGGCGGUGUAAGAAGCAGGACCGGGUUGCAAAAUCUUCUACUGAGGCUGAGUAUAGAUCGAUGAGUGAGGUAGCAUCUGAACUCGUCUGGCUGCGGCGCUUCUUUGCUGAAUUUGGGCUUGAUUGCCGGGUGCCCAUCCGGCUGUAUGCAUAUAAUACUAGUGCGAUACGGAUUGCAACGAAUCUAGUGUUGCAUGAUCUUACUAAGCAUAUUGAAGUUCAUGUGCACUACAUCCGUCAGUUGGUGAAUGAUGGUGUUAUUGAGUUGGUUUACAUCACCUCCGAAGAUCAGACUGCUGAUUUGUUAACUAAGGCGCUGGCUUCUGCUCGUCACUGGUUUCUGGCGCACAAAUUGAUGUUGCGUCGGCACCAUCAAUUUGAGGAGGGUGUUAGAAGUUAAAGGUUUAAGUACCUUUAUGUAAUUUGCCAUGUACAUAAUAGGGUUUAGUGCAGCCGCCUAUAUUAGGAGAUUUGCAGCCGAGUUUGGGUGUAAGUUGUAUUCUGGUGAACUACACGUAAUAAGAGAUCAAUCGCCUUCUUCCGUGGACUAGUCUCAAUGUUCCAAACGUUGGGGAAACCACGUAAAUCCGAUAUUCUGCGUUGAUUCUUGUUUAUGUUUUGAUUACGUUUGACACUUAAUACUAAUGGGACACCAUAAUCCGCCCUCUCUAAUUUAGGGGUGUCCCUAGUUCCUUGGGUUAGCCGCUAGUUGGGGUUAUACUCCUCUUCAAAUCUUAAAAGCAUGGUUCAUUAAACUGUACCGUACUGG